AUGAUCGCCCUACAUUGUUGCUUCCUGUGCUCCCUCCUUGUGAGCCUACUGAGGGGAUACAAACUGAUGCAUGCGCGGGGAAGUGUGCAGAUGGCCCCCCAACGGGGUGCACCCAGUAAUGUUGCACUCCACGCAGCACCCGAUCAGAGGCGGAACUACUACCACUGUGGAGACGACCGCGUAGCACUUGUUACGGGUGCGGGGAGAGGAAUUGGCAGGAGCAUCGCCAAGACUCUGGCCGGCUCGGUGUCCACCGUGUUGUGCAUCAGUCGGACGCAGAAAUCCUGCGAUAACAUCGUGGACGAACUGAAAUCGAUGGGGUGUCAGUCCUCCGGGUACGCCGUGGACUUAGCAGACAAGGAACAAGUAACAGAAUUGAUUAACAAGCUCUUGGCAGAAAACAAAAGCAUAGACAUCCUUGUGAACAACGCAGGAGUUACCAGGGACAAUAUAUCCCUUCGUAUGAGCAGCGAAGAGUGGGAAGAUGUCCUAAGAACAAAUUUAAGUUCCCUGUUUUAUGUAACGCAGCCAAUUGCUAAACGGAUGAUGAGCAAUCGUUACGGUCGCAUCAUUAACAUGUCGAGUAUAGUUGGUCUUACAGGAAACGCAGGACAAAUUAACUACGCGUCUUCCAAGGCUGGGGUCAUUGGGUUCACCAAGAGCUUAUCCAAAGAACUGGCUUCCAGGAACGUAACAGUCAAUGCGGUUGCCCCGGGUUUUAUUGCUAGCGACAUGACGGAUAAACUGAACGACCAGAUAAAGAAGGACAUCAUCUCGCACAUCCCCGCUGGGCGGAUGGGGACGCCGGAAGAGGUGGCCAAUUUGGUGGCUUUUCUCGCCUCCGAGAUUGCCGCAUACAUUAACGGAAAGGUGUUCGUCAUUGAUGGCGGACUAUCCACAUGA